AUGGGCCUUGAAACGGACGCCGAGGCCCAGCGCCCCGACGCCAUACACCCGAUCCCCACGCACGGCAGCAGCACCGACCACGAUGCGGCCAAGCUCGACGCCCAGGAGCAGCGCCAUCUCGGCACGCUGGACCGCAAGCUCAAGUCGCGGCACGUCCAGUUUCUCGCCCUCUCGGGCGCCAUCGGCACGGGCCUCUUCGUCGGCAGCGGGCAGGUGCUGUCGCUCGCAGGCCCGCUGUCCGCGUUCCUCUCCUACGCCGUGACGGGCUUCAACCUCUUUUGCGUCGUCAACUGCCUCGGCGAGAUGGCCGCGUGGCUGCCCGUGCCCGGCGCCGUGCCCGUGUUCGCGGCGCGCUACGUCGACCCCGCGCUGGGCUUCACGCUCGGCUGGAACUACUGGUACCAGUUUGCGAUUGGCGUGCCCAUCGAGGUGACCGUCUGCGCCGUCAUCCUCGACUACUGGCCCAACGCGGUCCCCAAGGCGGCGCUCAUCACCAUCUUCUUCGCCACCAUGGUGCUCGUCAACUGCCUGCCCGUGCGCGUCUACGGCGAGGCCGAGUUUGUGUUUGGCGCCGUCAAGCUGACGACGAUUGUCGGGCUCAUCCUGCUCAUGUUCAUCAUCACCGUGGGCGGGUCGCCGUCGGGCGACGUCAUCGGGUUCCGCUACUGGAAGCAUCCGGGCCCGAUGAAUGAGUAUCUCGAGGACGGCGCGCUGGGCCGCUUCCUGGCAUUCUGGAAAGUGUUUAUCCAGGCGACGUUUUCGUAUGGCGGCAGCGAAAUGGUGGUGGUCGCCUCCGGCGAGACGGAGAACCCGCGACGCAACAUCCCCAAAGCCAUUCGGCGCGUGUUUUGGCGCAUCCUUCUAUUUUACGUGGUGUCCAUUUUUCUAGUCGGGCUUUGCGUCUCUUCAAAGGACGAGAAGCUCCUGAACGCCAUCGAUUCGUCUGCCCCUGGUGCCAAGCAGAGCCCGUUUGUCAUUGCCAUUAGCAACGCUGGUAUCAAGACGCUGCCGUCCAUCAUUAAUGGUGUCAUUCUGACAUCGGCCUGGUCGGCUGGGAACUCUUUCUUCUAUGCGUCUACGCGGGUGCUGUACUCGGCUGCCCUCGACGGCAAAGCCCCGUCCAUUCUUCGGUUUGAGCGGUUCGGUGUACCGUACGUCUGCGUCGCUGCGACGACUGCGCUUUCAAGCCUCGUCUACCUCAACGUCAACAACCAGUCUGCGGAGGUGUUUUUCUGGAUCAGCAACCUUUCUGCCGUGAGCACGCUUAUUGUGUGGGCAAGCGUCUCUUACACGUACCUACGCUUCUACCACGGUCUCCGCCACCAUGGCGUGGACCGCGAUACGCUCCCAUACAAAUCUCCCAUGCAGCCCUUUUUGGCAUAUUUCGCCAUUGUUUUCUGCCUUGUAAUUGCUUUUUUCAAUGGGUUUGAUGCGUUCUUCCCGGGCAAAUUUUCUGCCAAGUCGUUCCUUCCGCCGUACAUUGACAUACCAAUCUUCCUCAGCCUAUUUCUGGGCUACAAAUUUGUUAAAAGAACGAAAUUUGUACCGCUGGCAGAGAUGGAUCUGUGGUCAGGAAAAGCCGAGAUUGAUCGUCUGGAAGGGACUUGGGUAGUUCCUAAACCGAGGAACUUUCUGGAGAGAAUGUGGUUCUGGCUGGGAUAG